GUGUACGCUUUUUAAACUUUUUCCCUUUUAAAAUGUCGAAGUAGUUUUGCAAUUGAAAACAAACACCGGAUCAAUGUCGUCGUCCUCGCCGCCGCCGGCACCUGUAAUUGCGGUGGUUGUAUUUCUGAUCAAGGACAACACGGUUCUUUUAGGCCGUCGCCGAGAUUCAGUUGGCCACAACACCUUUGCACUCCCCGGCGGCCGCCUUGAGUUUGGUGAAAGCUUUGAGGAAUGUGCGACUAGAGAGGUGAAGGAGGAAACUGGGCUAGACAUUAAGGAUAUACAGUUUUUAACAGUAACAAAUGACGUAUUUACUGAAGCUGAAAAACCAUUUCAUUCUGUUGCUAUUUAUAUGCGCGCAUCUUUAUCGGAUCCUGACCAAAUCCCUCAAAAUGUGGAGCCUGAUAAGUGUUAUGGUUGGGAUUGGUCUGCUCUUUUGUCUUCCCAUCGGCGGCUACUUCAUCACCAUCUCCAAAAGAUGACAACUAUUAAAAGGGCGCUUCAGGAUGACAAUGAGCCAACUUCUGUUCAAAUUAUUUAUAAAUUAUUAUCAAGGAAGAGCAAAAAGAAGCUUGAACAGCUGUUACAUCAAUGGUCAGAAUGGCAUACUCAAGAAUGCUCUUUAUCUGAGGGUUCUAAUGAAGAUCUUGAAUCUGGUGAAGAAACCUAUCUUCCUGCACUAAAUGUUAGCUCAGAGAGAUCUUGUAUUAUUUCUGUUUACAUGGACACUCAAGUGAACAAAAAGCAAAGGACAGAAAAUACCGAAUUCAACAAAGACUCUAUACCUGUCUAUGAUCGUAAUUUUCCACUUCUAAUGUCAAAUGAUGACGUGGCUACCAAAGAAAGUGUUGAUAAUAUUGUGAAUGCUUCUCGUUGUUUUAACUGUGAUGCUUAUGAUCAUUCACUAAAAGAGUGUCCAAAGCCUUUUAACAAAGAAGUUGUCAGCAAUUCCCGCAAAUUGUAUCAGUUAAAAAGUAAAAGACCUUCUGGUCCUCGUGUUUUAACGCGAUAUUACCAAAAUACCCCUGGUGGGAAGUUUGAUGGGUUAAAACCGGGUUGUCUUGAUCUUGAGACUAGGGAACUCUUACACCUUGGGGAAUUUGAUCCGCCUCCAUGGUUGAAUAGAAUGCGUGAAAUGGGAUACCCACCUGGAUAUCUUGAUUUGGAAGAUGAAGACCAACCUUCAGGAAUUACAAUAUUUACAAAUGAAGAUACAAAAGAAAAUGAAAAAUGCAUCGAUACAAAUUUUACAGAGCCAAAGAGAAAAAUGAGCGUGAAUUUUCCAGGAAUAAAUGCACCAAUUCCAGUAAAUGCAGAUAAAAACCGAUGGGUGACUCCUAAUUCCCAAUUAAAAGGUCUUAAAUCUUUCAGUAAUAAUAAUAAUAAUAACAAUAAUAAUAAUAAUAAUAAUAAUAAUAAUUUCUUAAACAAAACGGUAAAAAGUUCAAUAGAAUUACAUUUUCAACAUCACUCUUAUGAACAAAGUUGGAGGCCAGAAUGUAGACGAGGGUCAACUCCUGUUUAUGCACGUGGUCAACAUAUUUAUGCACGAGCAUUUCCUCUUUUGUCUAAUUAUGCGAAUAGAUAUUGGGAUCAUAUUAAUCAAGGUAAUUCUCCUAGUUCGUUUCAUGGUUGAUAAUACUUGAAUGUUGGUUUAUGAAAUGUAAUAGAGAAUAUUUUUGUG